UCUUGUCGCUCUUCUCACAUUGAUUAUAAGCUACAAAAAACAAAUUCCUUAAACAGAGGAGAAAAUAGGAAAAAGAAUCCGAAUGUUGCAAAUCCAAACUCUCCAGCCAACAAACCUUGCAACAACACCCUUCCACCACCACCACCGUCCCCGUUGCGCCGCCGAUUCCGCCGCCUCUUCCACCACGCUCAAAUCCCCCUAUUCCGUCGCCAAAAUUAACCACUCAAUCCAAUCUCUCUGCAAAAAGGGCCAAUUGAAACAAGCAAUCCACUUGCUAUCCCAAGAGCAGAACCCCACCCAGCAAACAUACGAGCUUCUCAUACAAUCUUGCGCCCACCAAAAGAGUCUCUCCGAUGCAUUUUCCGUCCACAGAAACCUUGUUGACAAUGGGUUUGAUCAGGACCCCUUCUUGGCCACUAAGCUCAUCAACAUGUACACGGAAUUGGACUCCAUCGAGUACGCCCGUCAGGUGUUCGACGAAAUUACGCACAGAACCAUCUACGUUUGGAAUGCUAUUCUGCGCGCAUUAUCCUUAUCGGGCUACGGUGAGGAGGCCCUGAGUUUGUACAGGAGAAUGAACCAGACAGGGAUGCCUUCUGAUAGGUUCAGUUACACGUAUGCGCUCAAGGCGUGUGUAGUUUCGGAGUCGAAGUUCUCUUCGGACUGGAGGGGAAAGGAGAUUCACGCGCAUGUUCUACGACACGGUUACGAGAGCCAUGUGCAUAUUAUGACCACUUUGGUUGAUAUGUAUGCGAAAUUCGGAAGCGUAGAGAAUGCAAACUGUGUCUUCUCUUCCAUGCCGGCCAAGAAUCUGGUUUCUUGGAGUGCGAUGAUUGCAUGCUUUGCAAAGAACGGAAGGCCCUUUGAAGCAUUGGAGCUUUUCCGGGAGAUGAUGCUCGAGAGUGGUGGGGAUCUGUUGCCGAACUCAGUCACCAUGGUUGCUGUGCUACAAGCUUGCGCUGCGGUGUCUGCAUUGGAACAGGGGAAGUUGAUACACGGGUAUAUACUUAGAAAAGGCCUCGACUCGAUAUUGCCAGUUAUGAGUGCCCUUGUAACUAUGUAUGCUAGAUGUGGUGAUCUUGAAUUAGGGAAGAAUGUUUUCAACCAAAUGGAGAAGAGGGAUGUUAUUUCUUGGAAUUCGUUGAUUUCGAGUUAUGCAAUUCACGGAUUAGGAAGCGAAGCUCUUUCGGUUUUUCGAGAGAUGGUGCAGCUAGGACUUUCGCCUAGUCCGAUAUCAUUCGUUAGUGUUUUGGGAGCUUGUAGUCAUUCUGGACUAGUUGAUGAGGGGAAAAUGUUAUUCGAUUCUUUGUUAAAAAGAUACGGAAUCCAACCCACCGUGGAGCAUUAUGCUUGUAUGGUGGAUCUUCUUGGCAGAGCUAAUCGAUUGGACGAAGCGGCUAAAAUCAUAGCAGAUUUGCGAGACGAACCAGGACCUAAAGUUUGGGGGUCUCUUCUUGGAGCAUGCAGAAUCCACUGCAACGUCGAACUUGCGGAGAGAGCAAGCAGAAUGCUUUUUGAGCUUGAACCGACAAAUGCAGGGAAUUACGUACUUCUUGCUGAUAUUUACGCGGAGGCGCAAAUGUGGGACCAGGUGAAAAGAGUGAAGAAGCUUCUAGAAGCUAAGGGCCUGCAAAAGGUUUCCGGGUGUAGCUGGAUUGAAGUGAAACGGAAGAUUUACGCUCUUAAGUCGGUCGAUGAGUUGAAUCCACAGAUUGAGCAAAUUCAUGCUUUUGUGGUGAGUUUGUCGAAGGAGAUGAUGGAAAAGGGUUAUGUGCCCGAGACGAAAGUUGUUCUUUAUGACGUUGACGCUGAAGAAAAGAAACGAAUAGUGUUGGGUCAUAGUGAAAAACUGGCGGUUGCGUUCGGGUUAAUAAAUUCCAGUAGAGGAGAAACAAUCAGGAUUUCCAAGAAUCUGAGGCUAUGCGAAGACUGUCACACGUUCACUAAGUUCGUUUCGAAGUUUGCGAAUAGAGAGAUUUUGGUUCGGGAUAUUAAUCGAUUCCACCAUUUCAAAGACGGGGAAUGCUCGUGCAGAGAUUAUUGGUGACUUUUGUAAGAAUAUAUAUCAAACCCUUUAAUUUCAAAUUUGCUAUACAACGGAAUUUACGACAAAGUUCACUCGGUAUUUUUGCUAAUUUACUGCAGAUUUUGGUUGGUGUACAUAUAUGCAUAUUGAAUUGAUUUAACGAAAACUUUCUUC